AUGAGAGACUCUUUCAUUACAUUUAAGGGCGAGAAUCUCCUUAACACUAAUGUAAGUGCUAUUAUCGAUUGCACGAUGGUUCCUUGUAAUCGACAAAGCACUGAUUUCGCUUCUUCGAUGAUAUUUUACAGUGGAAAGUACAAAGCAUAUUGCAUUAAGGAGGAAGUAAUCGUGAAUGCAGAAAGCGGAACAGCAGCUUUUGUUUCUCAAGGAAAACCAAGAGCACAGCACGAUAUGAAACUUCUGAAAGAAACGGCUCAGGAAAUCAGUCAUAUGCUGGGAGGAAAGAAGAUGAUAGGUGACAAAGGGUACAAGGGAAUUGAUGCUUAUGUUCCCAAUUCGUUUAUCCCAACAACAAGUCCUCUCCGUGAAAAAUGUUGUCUUAUUAAAAGAUACUUCGGAAGGCUUAAAACCGUCUUUGCUUUUGCAAGAACAAAGUUUGUGAAAGAGUUUGAAAAUUUUGAUGCCAUGUUUGUUUUCUGCUGUUGUUUUUGCAAUGUUGAUAUCCAAAUUAACCCACUUAUUGUGGAAGAUGCAGCUAAUUACCAAAACAUUGUUGACAAUUUCAUGAACAGCAUAGAAGAAAGAAGAAAGCUGCAUCGAGAGAGUAACAGAAUUUAUCGAAGAAGACAACAAAUUCAAAUGAAUGCUCUUAUCAAUGAGCAACACAGAAAUGCCCGAGAAGAUCAAAGUGGAGAAGAUGAGACUGAAAUUGAAGCAGACUUUCGUGAUGAUUAA